CGAGCGAGCAGAGAGAGAGAAAAAAAAAAGAAACUUGUUCCGCUGAGUUCAACCCCAGACAGGCUCACAACUUCCUUCCUGCUCUCCUACCCCCUCCCUCCGCUCUCCUCCUCCUCGCCUCUCCUCUCCUUCUCCUCCUUCUCCUCCUCCUCCUCCUCCUCCACCUCCUCUCUCCGCCUUUCCAGCCGCACAGGGAGCGGGCACCGGGGCCGCGGCGCGGACCUGGCCGGAGCGCGGAGCCACCCGCGCAGUCUCCGCAGCCGAAGCGCGAAGCGGGGGGAACCCGGCGUCCCCCGGCCCGUUCGCUGCCGCGCAAGGGGGAGGAAGCCCGGCUGGACCCGCGGAACGAGUCCCGCGCCCGCGGAGAUGGGUCCCGCUGCGCCCCGCGGCCGGCGGCGGCACUGAGGGAGGCGCGGAUCCUGCCCCCAGCCAUCGCAUUUUAUGGAGCUGCAGGCCAGGGCCAGCCCAGCUCCCUUGCUUCUUCCCAGUGAUGCUGCUGGUCCCAGUGUGGAGAGACCCUGGGCAGCCCCGCGGAGCCUGAGUGCCGAGGAGGCAGCGGCAGCGGCCCCCCUGUGCGCCCCGGCUGACUACUAUGGCUGUGUACUGCUAUGCACUCAAUAGCUUGGUGAUGAUGAAUAGCAACAGCCAGGUGACGAGCAGCAGGAGCAAGACGCCGCCUCCUCCAGGACAAGUGCUGCCCAGGGGCCUGGAGACACCCGGCAGCUGCUGUCCACUCCCUGUCUUCAGCCCGGCCCCUGUGCUACCCCGCUCCCCACGCCGUGGCCCCGCUUUCCUCUUCCCACCCCUUGAAGAGCCUGUGCAGCCGCCGGGCAGCCCCAGGGGACGGCGUGGCAGCCGGGGCGAGGAGGGGCAGCCAGGACCCCCCAUGGCACGGCAACUUCAGCGGGAGCUGCACAAUGUUCAAGUGAACCAGAAAGUGGGGCUCUUUGAGGCACAAAUCCAAGCGCACAGCUCUGCUGCCCAGCCGCCACGAAGCCCACAGCCAGCUCGAUCCCGACCUGCCAGCCCCACGGUGCCAAUGGUGGGACUUGGAAGUGGAUCCCAGGCACAAGCUUAUGAGAAAAGUGAGGCCCCUGAUGUUGGUGGGGUGCAAGUCUGGCCAAGCGCUGCAGAGCCCUCGGGGAGUUCAGUGGUGAUGGUGGUUCCGACUGUAGGGCUGGCGGUGGGCAACAGCCCCCUGGGGCCAUCAGGGUCUGCACCACAGCAAGAUGAGGUGGUGGUGGCCCCUACAGGACAUGAGGGCCAGUGCCCAGCCAUCAGCGGGAGCAUCCCCGCUGUCAUUGUCACGGACCUGGGGGGCCCGGAGGAGGAGGCGGGCGCCGUGCCCCCCAGCAGCCUGCCCGUCCGGAAGCUGUCGUCGUCCUCAGCCUCUUCCACAGGCUUCUCCUCAUCCUGGGAGGAGUCCGAGGAGGACAUCUCCAGCGACCCUGAGCGCACCCUGGACCAGACACCAGCCUUCCUGCAGACCCUGGACCAGCAGAAGCCCCGAGUGAGCAAGUCAUGGAGGAAGAUCAAGAAUAUGGUGCACUGGUCCCCAUUUGUGAUGUCUUUCAAGAAGAAGUAUCCUUGGAUCCAGCUAGCGGGACACGCAGGUAGUUUCAAGGCAGCGGCCAACGGCAGGAUACUGAAGAAGCACUGUGAAUCCGAGCAGCGCUGCCUCGACCGCCUGAUGAAUGAUGUCCUGAAGCCCUAUGUUCCCGCCUACCAUGGCGACGUGGUGAAAGAUGGGGAGCGAUACAACCAGAUGGAAGAUCUGCUGGCUGAAUUCGACUCCCCCUGCGUCAUGGACUGCAAAAUGGGGGUCAGGACAUACUUGGAGGAGGAGCUGAUAAAGGCCCGGAAGAAGCCGAGCCUGAGGAAGGACAUGUACCAGAAGAUGAUUGAGGUGGACCCUGAUGCCCCGACUGAGGAGGAGAAUGUGCUGCGGGCAGUAACCAAGCCCCGCUACAUGCAGUGGAGGGAGACCAUCAGCUCGACUGCCACGCUGGGCUUCAGGAUUGAGGGGAUAAAGAAAGAGGACGGCACUGUGAACCGGGACUUCAAGAAGACACGGACAAAGGAGCAAGUCACAGAGGCCUUCAGGGAGUUCACCAGAGGAAACCGCAACGUUUUGAACAGUUACCUUAACCGGUUGAAGGGCAUCCGUGCUACGCUGGAGACAUCCCCAUUCUUCAAGUGUCAUGAGGUAAUCGGGAGCUCCCUCCUCUUCAUUCAUGACAAGAAGGAGCAGGCCAAAGUCUGGAUGAUUGACUUUGGGAAAACCACCCCGCUGCCGGAGGGACAAGUUCUGCAGCACAACGUGCCCUGGGUAGAAGGGAACAGAGAGGAUGGCUACCUCUGGGGGCUGGACAACCUCAUUCAGAUCCUGACAGAGCUGUCCCAGAACGAAGACUUACAUUAAAGCCAUGCAUCCGACUCUGCCACUACCCCCAACCUGCCCCCGACUGACUUCUGAACUGCACUACAAGACACUUUCCAGCCCUGGCCCUUCCCAUUUGAAAGCUACACUCUCCCUAUUUAAUGUGUUUUCGUUGUGGUUUUU